UCUUUAUUUUCUAAAACUGUCCUCCCGUUCACAUAUGACCUUAAGCUGAAUGUUUACGAAGACUUUUCGUUUUGGACCUCUACGAGGUGAAAGCUGUAUUGGCUGAAAUCAGAGAGAGGGAGAGAGAAAGAUGGCCACAACCUCCCAGUCAGAGCUGAGGAUCGUGCUGCUGGGGGAGAGCCGGGCUGGGAAGAGUUCAGCAGGAAACACCAUCCUGGGCAGAGAGGAGUUUGAUCCUGAAAGACGUACUGCAGAGUGUGUGAAGCGACAGGGUGAAGUAGCUGGGAGGCAGGUCACGGUGGUCGACACACCAGGCUGGUGGAGGAAGUUUUCUACAAAGCACACACGACAAUUGGAUAAACAGGAGAUUGUGCGCAGUGUGUCUCUGUGUCCCCCAGGACCCCACGCUCUCCUGCUGGUCAUUAGUAUGCAAGUUACAUUCACAGAGACCAACAGGAGAUCAGUGGAGGAACACCUGGAGCUUCUCCCUGACAGAGUCUGGAGACACACGAUAGUACUGGUCACCAAAGGCAAUUAUCCAGGAGACACAACCAUUAACCACCACAUUGAAAGAUCAGGGGAGGCCCUACAGUGGGUUUUGGAGAAAUGUGGAAACAGAUAUCAUGUUCUCAACAACAAGAAUGGAGGUGACAUCACUCAGGUCACACAGCUGCUGGAGAAGAUAGCAGAAAUGGUGGCAGGAAACAGUAACUGUCAUUAUAAAAUUGAUCAACAGAUUUUACAGGGGGUGGAAGACCAUAGACAGGCAGUGGAAGAGAAAGCAAAACAGAGGCUGAUGAAGAUGCAAAAGCAGAGAGAGAAACUCAGAGUGCUCUUUAAAGGGGAGAUGCACUGUCUCUCAGAGCUGAGGAUUGUGCUUCUGGGGGGGAGAGCAAGUGGGAAGAGCUCAGCAGGAAAUACCAUCCUGGGCAGAGACAUAUUUUCUCAGAGAAGACGUACUGCAGAGUGUGUGAAGAGACAGGGCAAAGUAGCUGGGAGGCAGGUCACUGUGGUCGACACACCAGGCUGGUGGAUAAAUUAUUCUGUACAAGAAAAUACAGAGCUGGUUAAACAGGAGAUUGUGCGCAGUGUGUCUCUGUGUCCCCCAGAACCCCACGCUCUCCUUCUGGUUAUUCCUGCUCUUAUAUCAUUUCAAGAAACAUACAGGAGAUCAGUGCAGGAACACCUGGAGCUUCUCAGUAAGACAGCCUGGAGACACACUAUAGUGCUGUUUACUGGAGGAGACUGUCUAGGAAACACAACCAUUGAGCAGCACAUUGAGACUGAAGGGGAGGCCCUCCAGUGGGUUAUAGAGAAGUGCGGGAACAGGUAUCAUGUUCUUGGCAAUAAGAGCAGUAGUGAUGGCACUCAGGUCACAGAGCUGCUGGAGAAGAUAGAGGAGAUGGUGGCAGGAAACAGUGGCUGGCCUUUCAUUAUAGAGUCAUACCAGGAGGUUGAAGAAGAAUGUGAUCGGUUAAAGGAGGAAUUACGUAAGAGAAACAAAAUGGAUGAGAAAAUUAAAAAGCUGCUGAAAGAGUUAGCUGAAGAUCUGGAUUCAUCUGCACGGCCAGUCAGAAAGUGCCACAGCAUGGAAGGACUUCCCCCACGCAUGAGUGAAAAAAUCAGCAGUUGUGGGCAGACAGACAGAGGAGCACUCAUCCAGAGAGAGAGAGAGAUUAAAGAGAAGGUCACAGAAAUCAUGGAGGAGCUGGGCGGAGCUUCUGACACAUCUUUCCUGCCUGUCAGGAAAUGUCGUAGCGUGGACUGCGAUAUCAACAUGACGGAAGAGACUCCAGGCUCAUCAGAAGACCACAGUGACAGACUGAGAGCUGGGAAUAAGUCUGCAUCCAUGAGUUCUGUCAGGAGUUCGGGGGCAGAUUCGGGAAUGGGUUCUGUAUAUAGUUUAUACAGCAUCAAGGAGUGAUGCCCAAAGCUGUGAGGAAAUCUGCAAGGGCCUAUUUUACAGGCAUCUCUUCAUUUAUAAAACAUUUUCCCCCAAUAAUCAUCCCCUGACUCAGAAAGAGUUCUCACAUAAGAUCCACUCUCAUCCCCGCCUCUCUACACUGGUCUUCUGGACCUGCCCCCUUAGUUUCCAGUUAGUUAAGUUAGUUUUAAGGUCUUACAUGGUUUAACCCCUGAACACCCAGCAGAGCUGCUGAUUCCCUGUCACCCUGAACUCUGAGGACAGCUGUAAAUAGCCUUCAUAACACCUUCAGUUUAGUGUUUAAGGCAUUAUUAAUCUUGUAAAUACUGUAAAUAUCCUU